UACAUAUAGGGUAUAAUAAUUAGAAAAUAACGGCUUAAGAAAUUCAGGAUUGUAUAUCUGAACAGUGAGAGCGCGUUUUACAAAGGGCUCUAGAGAGGGACGUGGUGAUUCGGCCAUAUUUGUUAGGGGUGGCUGCAGGAGCGGCUGUACAUUGUCAGGAACAUGGCGGCUUCCAGGCAGGCAUGAGAGUGGAUACUUCUUAACGGAUCUGGAUUAACCUGGGCUAUCGUUUCAGACACAGACCAUCAAAACAGUUCCUCGGAUACUCCAACACGAAUCUCUAGAAGGACAUGACGUCCCCCGGCUCCACUGUGCCGGGCCCCACCGGAGCUCCGCUGCAGCCGCGAUGGAAGCGGGUCCUGGGAUGGUCCGGGCCGGUUCCCCGACCGAGACACGGGCACAGAGCCGUAGCCAUCAAGGAGCUGAUGGUCGUUUUCGGCGGAGGAAACGAAGGAAUCGUUGACGAGUUGCACGUUUAUAAUACAGCAACAAACCAGUGGUUCAUACCAGCUGUGCGUGGAGACAUUCCUCCCGGCUGUGCAGCUUAUGGUUUUGUAUGUGAUGGCACACGUCUAUUAGCUUUUGGUGGAAUGGUGGAAUAUGGAAAGUACAGCAAUGACCUUUAUGAGUUACAGGCAAGCAGAUGGGAAUGGAAAAAAUUGAAACCAAAAGCCCCUAAAAAUGGAGCACCACCAUGCCCUCGCCUUGGCCUUGGUUUUUGUCUUUUGUGUGUGGGCAACAAGUGCUAUCUUUUUGGUGGGCUUGCCAAUGACAGUGAAGACCCCAAGAACAACAUUCCCAGAUAUUUGAAUGACCUUUAUACCCUUGAGCUGCGUCCGGGCUCCAACAUUGUGGGCUGGGAUAUACCGGUCACAUAUGGUGUACUGCCUCCUCCAAGAGAGAGCCACACUGCUGUAGUUUAUACUGAAAAAACUACUAAGAAGUCCCGUCUUGUUAUAUACGGAGGAAUGAGUGGUUGCCGUUUGGGAGAUCUUUGGACGUUAGAUAUUGAUACACUGACCUGGAACAAGCCUGCAAUAAGCGGCGUAGCUCCCCUCCCCCGUAGCCUCCACUCAGCCACCACUAUUACAAACAAGAUGUAUGUUUUUGGUGGCUGGGUUCCUUUGGUGAUGGAUGAUGUGAAGGUGGCCACACAUGAGAAGGAGUGGAAGUGUACAAACACACUCGCCUGCCUAAACUUGGACACCUUGUCAUGGGAGACUGUUUUGAUGGACACUUUGGAGGACAACAUACCACGUGCACGAGCAGGACAUUGCGCUGUUGCUAUUAACAACAGACUUUAUGUUUGGAGUGGACGUGAUGGGUACCGCAAAGCUUGGAACAAUCAGGUGUGCUGCAAAGAUCUCUGGUACCUGGAGACAGAGCGACCUAAUCCUCCUUCACGGGUACAGCUUGUCCGGGCCAACACAAAUUCUUUAGAGGUUAGCUGGGGAGCGGUGUCUACAGCAGACAUGUACCUGCUUCAGCUUCAGAAAUAUGAUAUCCCAUCAGCCACUGCUGCCACAUCACCAACCCUCAACGCAGUUCCCUCCCUCCCUGGAAACUCGCCUAAGAGUCCAGCGCCUGCCGCAGCUGCACCGUCUGCUCAGAGUCUGCCGCAAAGUGGCUUCACCCUCGUGCCCCAGGCUGCUUCUCACACAGCCUCAGUCCUGCCCAGCACACCUGCAAGUCCUGUGGCAGCCUCAACAGCACGUGGCCCAGGUUCCAAUUUUUUAACGGUUGAGUUUAUUAUGUUUUUUUUUGUAUUUAAGUUAUUCACCGGGACGUCGUUUGUCACUGUGCGGCAGGCCAGCCAGGCUGGAAAAUCCCCAGUGACUAUGACAUCACUUCCUGCAGGUGUUCGCAUGGUAGUGCCAGCACAGACCACUCAAGGAACGCCCAUGGGCAGCAGCCCUCAGAUGAGUGGAAUGGCAGCUUUGGCCGCAGCUGCUGCAGCCACACAGAAAAUCCCUCCUUCCCCUGGAACUACUGUUCUCAAUAUGCCGGCUGGGGCCACAAUUGUUAAAACGGUGGCUGUGACACCUGGGUCCACCACUCUCCCCAACACAGUUAAAGUGGGAUCACCUGUCAUGGUAAGCAACCCUGCCACUCGCAUGCUGAAGACUGCGGCUGCACAGGUGUCCACUCCGACAGUGUCCAGUCCCACCACAGCUGCUCGGCCCAUCAUCACUGUGCACAAGUCUGGCACAGUUACCGUAGCCCAGCAGGCUCAGGUUGUGACCACGAUGGUGGGCGGAGUCACCAAGACCAUCACUCUUGUUAAGAGCCCACUUUCCAUGGGAGGAAACCUGAUUUCCAACUUGGGCAAGGUGAUGUCAGUGGUUCAGACCAAACCAGUGCAGACAUCUGCUGUGACUGGACAGGCCUCCUCCAACCCAGUGACUCAAAUUAUACAGACAAAGGGUCCCCUCCCACCCGGCACCAUUCUGAAACUGGUAACGUCUGCGGAUGGAAAGCCUACCACCAUAAUUACCACCAGUCAAGCAGGUGGCACCGGAAACAAACCCACUAUCUUGGGUAUCAGUGGCAUGUCCCCUAGCACCACCAAACCAGGCACCACCACUAUUUUCAAAACAAUCCCCAUGUCUGCUCUACAGCAGGGAGCUGCAGGCCUGACUAGUAGUACAGGGGUGAAGAGCCCAAUUACCAUCAUCACCUCAAAGGUGAUGACAUCUGGAACAGGAACUCCUGGCAAAAUCAUUACAGCAGUGCCUAAGAUUGGUACAGCAGCUGGCCAGCAAGGCCUAACACAGGUCGUUCUGAAGGGAGCUCCUGGUCAGCCUGGAACCAUCCUUCGCACUUUGCCGAUGGGAGGAGUGCGUCUUGUGUCUCCAGUAUCUGGGGUCAAGCCAACUGUAACCACACUGGUUGUCAAGGGAACAACUGGUGUAACAACACUUGGCACAGUCACAGGAACUGUUUCUUCCAGCUUAGCUGGAGGAAGUUUAGCCAGUGCCAAUGCCACCCUGGCAACUCCCAUCACAACUCUGGGCACGAUUGCCACCCUCUCCAACCAGGUCAUUAAUGCUACAGCUGCCCAAAGCAACCUGAACACUGUCACCUCCACUGUGCAGCCCACCCAGGUGACACUCAUAACUACACCCAGUGGUGUGGAGGCUCAGCCUGUCCAAGAUCUGCCUGUUUCCAUUCUGGCCUCUCCCACCUCUGAGCAGCCCACCUCUACUGAGUCUGGUGCAGGCGAUGCUUCUGGCAAUGUUACUUUAGUGUGCUCCAACCCACCCUGUGAGACUCAUGAGACGGGCACCACCAACACGGCCACCACAGCAACAUCAAAUAUGGGCACUGGACCAGCUGGCACAGUACAGAGAGUGUGCUCCAACCCGCCCUGCGAAACGCAUGAAACGGGUACAACAAACACCGCCACCACAGCAUCUGCCAACAUGGGCGCUGUACAGAGGGUCUGCUCAAACCCACCAUGUGAGACCCAUGAAACGGGCACCACCAACACCGCAACCACAGCAUCCUCAAAUAUGGGCACUACCCCUGCUGGCACUGUCCAGAAGGUCUGCUCCAACCCACCCUGUGAGACCCACGAGACAGGCACCACCAACACAGCUACCACAGCGUCAUCUAACAUGGGCGGAAAUCAAACAGGAGCCGUGCAGAGGGUCUGCUCGAACCCACCUUGUGAGACCCAUGAGACGGGCACCACCAACACAGCUACCACAGCGUCAUCUAACAUGGGCGGAAAUCAAACAGGAGCCGUGCAGAGGGUCUGCUCGAACCCACCUUGUGAGACCCACGAGACAGGCACCACCAACACAGCUACCACAGCGUCAUCUAACAUGGGCGGAAAUCAAACAGGAACGGUGCAGAAGGUCUGCUCCAACCCACCCUGUGAGACCCACGAGACGGGCACCACCAACACAGCUACCACAGCGUCAUCUAACAUGGGGGAAAAUCAAACGGGAGCAGUGCAGAGGGUCUGCUCGAACCCACCUUGUGAAACCCACGAGACCGGCACCACCAACACGGCAACCACUGCAACCUGCAGUAUGGAAACAGAUGAGGGAACAGCCCAACAGAGUGAUGAAGUUUCAGAAUCUACCACUAGUACAGAAGGCCUGCCAUCCACUUCAGCUCCCCAGAGCAGAGCCAUUACCAUGGUCACACAGGCCACACCUCUACCAGGACCAGCUGUUCCGUCUAUCUCUUCAAUCACGGAGUCAUCCUCAGAGGCUGGAGCUGAGCCGGUUGUUAUGGAGAGUUCGGAAGCAGAGUCUUUGCAGACAGAAGGCCAGGCUGAAGCGGAGGCAGUCGCCAUGCAGGCAGAGUUCCAGACAGAGGUGGGGGAAGUGGCUAUGCCCAGUGACUUCCAGGCAGAUGCAGCGGCCUUGCCGAGUGACUUCCAGGGAGAAGCCAUAGCUGUAGCCAUGCAGGCAGAGAGCCAGGCAGAGGAAGGGGCGGUGCCUAUGGAGCAUGACGCUUCUAGCAUGGCAGAGGGAGGAACAGCUCAGGAGCAGCUACCUACAGCAGAGAUGGAGGGUGUAGAAGCGGCAUCAGCAUCACAGGCCGAGGCACUGGCCUUGCCACCAGAGCUGAUGUCAGAUGGGCAACCCACAACGCUGAUGGUGACGGGUCUGACCCCAGAGGAGCUGGCCGUAACGGCAGCCGCAGAGGCGGCAGCCCAGGCUGCAGCGACAGAGGAGGCCCAGGCCCUCGCCAUUCAGGCUGUACUGCAAGCAGCACAACAGGCUGUUAUGAGCUCAGGUGAUGCUGGAGGAGACGACCAGCAGACCCACACCAUACCCAUCGUUCUGACCCAGCAGGAACUAGCGGCUUUGGUUCAGCAGCAACAGCAGCUCCAGGCAGCCCAGCAGCAAGCUGCUGCUCAGGCCGCACUGCCCACAGAGGGCUUGGCUCCGGCUGACAGCCUAAAUGAUCCCUCCUCAGAAAGCAAUGGACACAACGAGAUCGCCGCCGCUGCCACAAGUACAGUAGUCAGACUGCUGCCUAGCACCUCAGCAGAGACCUUGGCUCCAUCCAGCACAUUAGCACCUGCAGUAGUUGCCAGUCCAGCUAAAAUGCAGGCAGCUGCAGCUCUGACUGAAGUGGCCAAUGGUAUUGUGGCUGUGAAACAAAACCCUCCCACUGUUACGGUCAAACCUCAAGUGAAGAAAGAAAACCAGUGGUUUGAUGUUGGCAUUGUCAAAGUGACCAAUAUGGUUGUAACACAUUUCUACAUGCCUGCGGAUGACUCUGCUUAUGUUGAGGAUGAUUCUGGCACAAUCCCUGACUACAGCCAGAUGAAGAGGGUGGACCUUCAGCCCGGGACGGCCUACAAAUUCCGUGUGGCGGGUAUAAACACGUGUGGCCGCGGAGCCUUUUCUGAAAUAUCUGCUUUCAAGACUUGUUUGCCAGGCUUCCCAGGGGCACCGUGUGCCAUAAAGAUCAGCAAGAGUCCAGACGGCGCCCAUCUUACAUGGGAGCCUCCAUCCGUGACAUCAGGAAAGAUCACAGAGUAUUCUGUGUAUUUGGCCAUCCAGAGCAGCCAGGCCACCGAGGCAAAACCCUCGGCCCCGGCCCAGCUUGCCUUCAUGCGUGUUUACUGUGGGCCAAAUCCCUCAUGCCUGGUCCAGUCCUCCAUCUUGUCCAACGCCCAUAUAGACUAUACCACCAAACCCGCCAUCAUUUUCCGCAUCGCGGCACGCAACGAGAAAGGUUACGGCCCGGCUACACAAGUGCGAUGGCUGCAAGAGUCUAACAAAGAUGGCCUUUCUGCAAAGCCUGCCCCAAAAAGAGCAGUUUCUUCACCAGAUACGAAAGGGAUUGGUCAGAAGAAAGCAAGAAUGGACCAGUGAGCCCCUCUCUCCGUUUGUCCUCCAAGACCAGAAAGACUUACACUAUUCCUAAUGCUCCAUCCGGAUUCAACACACCUUUGUUUAAGAAUACAGUUACUAGGGAAAUCUUUUUUUCUUGUUAGUAGUGUGAAUGGAGAAAAGCACAUUGCAUAUUUUUGAGUAUUUUUCAAAAUACUUGGAGUGGGAGAAAAAAAAAAAGCUUUUUCCAUUGUAGAGUCUUCCUUUCCUGCUCUCCCCUAUUUCUUUCAAUACAUGUAUCUUGCUUGAGUAAAUUCAAACGCCAGUUUUAAGACAUUUGUAUUGUUUGAUCUGUCAGCUGGGCUCAAAUGAAGAAGCUCUCUUUUCUGCGAUGGACUUGAGUGUGAAGUUUUAGUUCACGGUAAAUGUGUGGACACAACUCUGAUUGGAGAUGAGUGAUGUCAUUUUCAUGUUAGGGGAAAAAACGGAAAUGGGGUGGAAAACAAACCAAGCACUUGUCCUCAGACAAGAGGGGAUAUUUUUCACUUGAAUGGCUCAGUGAAAUAAGAUCUGCGUAAGGAAUUGUUCUGGACUCCAGCCUCCUGGUGAAGUCUGUGCACUUUUGCAUUAAGCAGAAAUCGAGGCAGGACUGCAGAUAAAGACGUGGCCAUAGAAGUACAUUACCGGCAGGACAGAGACUUUGCUAGAACUGAGAUUUGCCAUACAAACAAAAAAGAAAACAAAAAAUAAAAAAAAGGAAAAAAUGCUAAACUUCACAAAAAAUUAGCAAGCGAUGAUGGAGAAGAUCUUUUGUGUAGUUUAUUUUUGUAUUUUUAAAGCUUUUCUCCUGUGUGUAUGUGUAUGUCUGUGUGCUUUUUUUUUUUUUUUUUUUUUUUCUCCCUACUUUUAUUUUUUGUUUUUGUUUUAAAAAUUCUUGGCCCUCCCCAUUGGUUGAGGGAUUUGUGGGAAGAAGUGCUUUUGGAUGGGCCGUUUUCUUGUCAAGUACUUCUACAAAAGAAAAGACAUUGUAUUUGUGCUCAAGUUGAGUGGUGAUGUGCUACAACUGAAAAAGAUGUAAACAAAUGUAAACAUCUGAAGGGCUUUUCCUUUGUUUACUGCAUAUUUCAACACUUGUUUCCACUCUGUGUUUGUGUAUGCCAAACCUUGAGAUGUAAAAAUCAUAAAACUUUUUUUUUUUUUUUAAUUCCUCACCUUACCAAGCCGCCUUUUAUUAGUAAACACUCAGCUUUUUCCCUUCCUCUGGCUUUUCCUCAACUUUUUCACAACAUAUCUUUGUCGAAUUUUCUCUGCCCUAGAUUGUGAAGGAAGUUGUCCAUGUGAAGAUGAAUUUCUACUUUUUCCCCCUCCUUUGAUUAUCUGAGAGGUAUGCAAACUAAAUGUUCAGUGUAUACCUGUGUGUCUCCAUGUGGGUGAGGAUGGCUGUACUCACUCUUGGUGAAAGCCAAGUUCGGAUUCAACUGUAAUAUAGUUCAUUCAUAACGCAAGUGAAGAUGAUAUCCUGGCCUUUUAUAUAUUUACCUGUACAACGUUUUUACAUGUUGGUCGUCAUCUGAUUGCCUUUUUUUUUGUCUUGACUUAUAAAAGAAACAGAAAUAUA